AUGACAAGAUUCCAUGAAGAAUACAGUCUAGAUAACUAUGACGAAACUAAGUGCUUACAACAUGCAAAUGUGUAUGAAGAACUAACAAAGGAGAUGAAACAAGAUCAAAUUUAUAAAGAUUUCUGUAUAAUACUCUUCAAAUCACUUGCCAAUUGA